GUGACGUAUAAUCUAGUGGACGGAACGCUUCUUCAACAACUGCAGCCACCUCGGUAGCUCGCCAGACAACAAAGUCGGAACAUUCAAGUUCUUUGGGACAAUUUCGUUGUUUAUAUGCCGCUAUGUUUUAAAAACACUUCUACGCGUAAAAAGAACACACUCAGUUACCCCAUUUAAUGUCAUAUUGACGUUGUUAUUCAGCUAGCUGGCUGGUUAUGUUAGCACUAGUCUAGUCGCUAAUGCUAACUAGCUAGCUAACGUCCCCGACCAUUAGUUCACGAAGCUACUCCCCCUGCUAAAGAGGAGGUCUGUUGGAUGGAGAAAGGAACUCUCUUAAAAGAGGAGGCAGAGGAGGCUGUACCAGUGAAAGAAAAAGAGGAAGAAGCUUACAGAGGGAAAGAAGAAGAGGAUGAUGUUACUGUGAAAGAAGAGGAGGAUGGAGUUUUGGGGGUUGAAGAGGGGGAGAUGACUGUCGCAGUGAAAGAAGAGGAAGACUGUUUUGGCGUGACGGAGAUGACUGUCGCAGUGAAAGAAGAGGAAGACUGUUUUGGCGUGACGGAGACGACUGUCGCAGUGAAAGAAGAGGAAGUCUGUUUUGGCGUGACGGAGAUGACGGUCACAUUGGAAGAAGAGGAAGAUAAGGCUGGAGAUCUGAUGAACACCGGAACAUACAGAGAGAGACCAGACUCUUACUCUGACAGCAGGAAGAGUCCUUCAGGGGAACCAGAGCCAGAGACGUCCAAACCAGCAAGAAAACACCACUGUUCCCUCUGUGGAAAGAGUUUUUCUAAGUCACGGACCCUAAAAGAGCAUGAGAGGAUACACACAGGAGAAAAUGCUUUUCAAUGCUCCCAGUGUGAAAAGAGUUUUAAAGAGUUAGAGAACCUGAAAAUACACAAGAGAACGCACUCUGAAGAGAAGCCUUACCACUGCUCCCAAUGUGGAAUGACAUUUAGGUGGUUACAAGGCCUGAAAAGGCAUGAGAGAAUACACACAGGAGAAAAGCCCUACCGCUGUUCCCACUGUGAAAAUAGUUUUAGGUGGUUAGAAGGCCUGAAAAGGCAUGAGAGAAUACACACAGGAGAAAAUCCCUACCAAUGCUCCCACUGUGGAAGGAGUUUUACUCAGUUAGCGAGCCUGAAAUCACAUCAGAGGAUACAUACACAGGAGGAGAAGACAUACCACUGCUCUAAUUGUGGAAAGACAUUUUCCCGGGCAGAGGACCUGAAAUCACAUGAGAGAAUAGAGAGGCUGUGUUCUGACUUAUGUUUUUGACCUGAGAAUUUGUGUUUUAUGUUCAUGCCAAAUGAAAUCAUAUUGUUUAAAUGAAAUCAUUCUAAAAAAAAUAGGCCUGUUUUUUCAUCUCGAGACAUGAUCAUGUCUAAAAUCAGAUUAAAUAUUUGUAGA